CCCCGGCUCCCCCUUUGUACUCCCUGCCCCAGCCCGGUUUCCCCCGCUCCUGUCUGAGAUCCAGAUCCCCCCCCGGCCUCCCUUUGGCGCAGACUCUUGCCCCCUCCGCCGGGUGCUUGGGGGGUGAGUGACCCCACUGCGCGCCCGCUGCCCUCGCACCAUGGCUGGGACGCGGGGCUCGGAGAGGAAGGAGAGCUCGGAGCUGGAAGAAGGGCAAUGUGACUCGGGCAUCUACUCGAUCCCCUCCAUCCGCUCCCUGCCCGGGCCGCCGGAGGAAGGGGAGCACCCCCCGGGCCUGGGGGACACGCUGCGGGAGAAGGACUCCGGCCCCCUGGGCAAAGAGGGAGCAGAUGCCCUGGAAGCGGAGGAGAGGAUCGACUCUACCUAUGGCUCGGCCUCCCUAACCGAGCCCCUGGCCGCGCUGGGGCAACUCCCCGAGGAGGAAGCAGAAGCCCUGGAAGGGCUCAGCCAGCAGCAGCUGGAGGCACUCACCUACAUCUCGGAGGAUGGCGACACGCUGCUGCACCUGGCAAUCAUCCAUAGCUUCCCGGCACUGGCAUUCUUCUGCAUCACCCACCUGCCCACGGAGGUGCUCGAGAUCCAGAACGACUUGUUCCAGACCCCACUUCACCUGGCCGUGUACUUGGAGCAGCCCAACGUGGUGAGGGCACUGAUCCACAAUGGGGUGAGCCUGGCCCUGCAGGACCGCAACGGCAACACCCCUCUGCAUGUGGCCUGUGAGCAGCAGAACCUACAGUGCGCCAAGCAGCUGCUGCAGGAGCCAGGGGAGAGCACAGAGCCUCGAAGGAGCCUGCAGGACCUGCAGCUCCAGAACUGGCAAGGCUUAGCCUGUCUGCACAUCAGCACCUUGAAGGGGAACCUGCAGCUGAUGAAACUGCUGCUGCGGAGUGGAGCUGACAUUAACGUCCAGGACGGCACAAGUGGGAAGACGCCCCUGCACCUGGCAGUGGAGAGCCGUGACCGCGAGGCAGUUCAGUACCUGCUCAGCAAGGGGGCCCACGUGGAUGCCCUGAUGUACAACGGCUGCACCCCGCUACACCUGGCUGUGGGCAGGAAGGACGCCGCCAUGGCGGCCAUACUGUACCAUUCGGGGGCUGACACCCUGCUGAGGAACAUGGAAGACGAGACCGCCCAGGACCUGGCCGACGGCAAUGACGACCUCCUCGCCCUCCUGCCUUUCGAUGACCUGAAGAUCUCGGGAAAGCUGGUGGUGUGCUCUGACUGAGCAACCAGACUCUGACUUAGGGGGCCGUCCCAGUGCCCCUGGUUCCCCACGCCCGAUGGGACCCCACUCACCCAGCCAUGGCACUACAGCUGGCAGGAGCAGAGCCGGCUCGGGAAAUCUUUCCCCUUGUAGCAGCCUCCGUGGCCCCCAGCUCUCCACCCGAACACCCUUCCCUGA